AUGCCUCGUAUUCCUCGACCAAGAUGUGUUGGUUGUAAUAAAGUUGUCGGAAAUAUAGGUCAACGAUAUAUUAACAAUGGUUUGUUAAAAUUAUAUGUUUCUGCUCGUAUUCAAAAACGAAUCGAUUCUACAAGUCUCAUUUGUCAUGGAUGUCGAUUGAAGUUGAUGAGAUGGCAUCAUGAAGUAGAAGAUCAAAUCAAUGAAUUUAUUUCGAACGAAAACUCAAUUAAAAAUGACGAUGACACUGACGAAAUGGAUAUUCAAAUGGAAAAUAAUUCUAAAUAUACUCAAACAACAGAGAACAUGGAAUCAAUCAAGAUUUUGGUUGAUCGAUGUUCGAAUGAUCAACGGUCAUGUAUUGCUUGCGGAGAAAAGAAUGCUAACAAUCGAACUCGGUUGGAUGAUUACAAUAGAAAUAUGUUAUUCAUGAAGAAGGGAGUUUAUGUAUCACCUGGUGCUCGAUGUUGUGGUGACCACUUUUAUCAAGAUGAAUUAUCUUACGAAGCAAUUCAUCAAAUUGUACCGUAUACAUCUGAAUUUGUCUGGUUUAAUUCUAAUGAAAUUCAAAAAAUGAUGAACGAUUUUCGCACAUUGCUUCAGUGUCAGAGAGGACUUGAUUUUGACAAUAACGCUUCUCUUGGUGAUGAAGCAUAUUAUAAUAUCACUGGUCUACAAAAAGAUCAAUUCAACGAUCUUCUUAAUCAAUUACAGUCAAUGCGCAACUCAAAGCUUCGCUCUGCUCGUGUUGCCCUUGCUGUAUUUCUUGCCAAGUUUCGUCUCGGUCUGAGUAACCGAGUUCUAGCAACUAUAUUUUGUCUGAAAGACAAAAGGACGAUUUCCAAAUUAAUCAAUCAAGUACGACAAGCUUUGAAGACGGAUUUCGUUCCACAUCAUAUCGGUUUCAACCAUAUCGAUCGACAAUCGGUCAUUGAUCAUCAUCAAACAGCUGUUGCGACAGCUUUGCUUGCAACAAAUUCUAAUCAGCUUUGCGUUGUUAUGGAUGGCACAUAUCUUCCAAUUCAAAAAUCAAGCAAUCAUCCGUUCCAAAGAAGAACAUACAGCAUGCAUAAGCAUAAAAAUCUUGUGAAACCAAUGAUAAUAACUGCAACAGAUGGUUAUAUAUUGUCAGUAUUCGGACCGUUUCUAGCUGAUGGUCACAACAAUGACGCAUCCAUUAUUAAACACAUUAUGAGGAAUGAUGAUCAAGGCAUCACAAGUUGGCUUCACGACGACGACAUAAUUAUUGUCGACCGUGGGUUUCGUGACGCGGUCAGCGCCAUGGAAGAACUUGGUUUAUGUGUUGAAAUACCUGCAUUUCUCAAAGGAAAAAGACAAUUUUCAACCCAGGAAGCAAAUCGAACCCGGGCAAUUACUAAAAAUCGAUGGAUAAUUGAAAGCGUGAAUGAAAAAAUAAAGGAAUGGAAUUACUUCAAUCAUCUUCACAACUCAUCUCUUCAAUAUCUACCUGAUGAUCUUGAUAUUGUUUGUGCUUUACACAAUGCAUUUCGUCAACCAAUAAUGAAAGAUCCAAUGAAUGGAAUUGAACUAGCUAAAAUCAUGUUAGAGCAGAUCGAAAAAGAAAACGAACUUGAAAAACUAUUGAUGCAAAUAUCUGACGACAAAAAGCACACUGGAGGAAGAAACUAUCAAAUUAAACAAUCAAAAUCCUAUAUCAACGAACAUCUUCAACCAUCGUUUCUUGAUGAAAAUGAACUUGAAUUCAUAGUAGAAUUAUGUAACCAACAUACGGAUUUGCUUCGAGUUAGAUUUCAUUCACGUCACAGCAAUACAAAACACCACACAGCUACAGUACAAUUUGAUGACAAUCAAGAUCAACCCAUACAAGCAUGGUACUGUACGUGUGCGUCUGGCUCACGUACAGUUGGUUGUUGUGUCCAUAUUACCGCUAUUCUUUGGCAUAUGGGUGUAAAUCGAGGAGAAGUCAAUGUUAAUCUUCAUCCUCUCUCUGCUGCUCGUUUACUCGGCUACGUUGAUGACAGCAACAGCCAUUUAGAAAUUGAUGAUAACGACGAUGAAAGUAACAAUAUCGAUGACUAA